UUUCCCUGGUCAUGUGAUAGGGGUCAAGGGUCAAAUCACGAGGCUGGCUUCACCUUACUGUAUUUUCGGUGUACGCACUGCGAGUAAAGCAGAGUCCGCAUCCUCUUCCCAUCCACCUUCUGCUCCUGAUGGACUCCGAAGUGCUGCAGAUAGAGGAGGUUGUGGUGGGGGAGGGUACGGCGGCCCUCACGGAGGUGGCGCCGGACGGCCCCGCUGAGCCCUACACCACCACGGCGCUCCUCAUCCAGGAGCCCCCUGCUUCCUCUAUCAUCCAGCCAUACCAGCAUGACAACCUGCAGUGUUUUCAGUGCUUCAUCACCUUUUGUAACUCUAAAGCAAAGGAAAGGCACAUGAAGAAGAGCCAUCGUGAGGAGUACAAACAGCAGCUUCAGCAGUGCGACACGCUUUUCACCUGCUACGUGUGUGAUCGCACGUUCUCGUCCUCUGAAGAGCUCACGCAGCACCAGGGCUCUCACAAUAAGGAGGACAAGCCCUUUAAGUGUUCCCACUGCCAGGAGAGUUUCCGCACUUUCUCUGAGCUGACAUCUCAUCGGCGACAGGUGUGUCCAGAAAGGCAGUUUGUGUGCCGGGAUUGCGGGGAGUCCUUCCGGGGCCCAGCUCUGCUACGCAACCACCGCCUAUCCCAGCAUCCCCCUCAGGCUAACCAACCAGAGGCUGAUGAUGGAACGAAGACCCACCGGUGUGGAAAAUGUGGCAGAGGGUUUGAGACAGAGGCAGAGCUCCUGCAGCAUCAAGAGAACCAUGCCGGGGACCAGCACUGCAACGGCAGCGCCCCCCCUGUCAAGAGGAGGGGACGUCCUCCCAAAACAGAGGAAACAGCUGAUGGUGAGAAGAAAGGGAAGCGGAGGAAGAAGAAGGGUGAGGGAGAUGCUCCAGAGGAGUCUGGAGUAAGCAACCAUGCGCCAGCGGCUGCUGAGAGCAAGGUCAAAGGCCGACGGGGGCGGCCCCCCAAAGCUGCUCAGGAGGCUCAGACUGAGCCAGGCGCAGAGCCGACGGAGGAGAAAAAAGCGAAGAGUACUGCGCCUCUGCCUCGUCAGCACACCUGCCCCGAUUGCGAUCUCACGUUCCCAGCCCUGGCGGAACUCCGUGUCCACAAGAAGGAGAAACAUAGCCGGCCACCAGCUCCACGCAAGGCCCACGCCUGUGGAGAGUGUGAGGAGAGCUUUUCUCGACCGGAGCAGCUGGAAGCCCAUAAAGCCCGGGCCCACAGCGCAGGGCGCUACGCCUGUCCCACCUGUGGCAAGAGCUUUGGCAGAGAGAGCAACCUGAAAGCACACCGGCAAAUACAUGCUGAGGAGGGAAAGGGUGCAGAGGGAGCACGAAGAUAAUUUGGAUAAAGUGUUUUCUCAAAGGGUGGGGGGGUGGACCUGGAAGUGGCUGGGGUUACAAGAAAGAAUCAUUUUUAAUAUGGAAACAGGAUUUUAAUGAGUUUUAGUUUUUGAAGGUGGGACCGAUGGUGGGUUUUGAAAGAGAUGUAAUGAGAUUUGGAAGGCUUUCAUUUCAUGUGUUUUAUUUGUAAUUGUUCCAUUCUUUGUUUUUGUUAGCUACUUAGUUAUUUUUGAGAGUGAGUGUGUAUAUUUGUAUUUUUUUGAGGGAGGGUCCGUUCUUUUUCUAGAGAACGUAAAGAUUUAAGGCUAAUCUUGUCAAAACUAUGUAAUUGGGGGGGCUGUAAAUAUACCCGUAAAUCAUUUACAUUGCAGGAUUAAAAUGUCAAAGCCCAUUACAUCAAUGUCCAGUAUAUAGGGGUCAGUAUGAUUCAUAUUUUAACUGAUUUAUAUUUUUUAUUGUGUGUGUGUUUUUUUUUUUUUUAUUCAUUUUAGAAGUGUUUUGUGUGGGUUAGUAGCUUCCAGGUUGUCUUACCUAUGGAGCAUUUUAUGUUUGGUUUUAACUUAAAGAUCCACUUUCUGUAGUAGCAAAUGUAGAGGGCUCAGUAAUUUGAAACAUGUACAGUGUGGAGGAAAACUGUUUAAGUGACUCUGUAGCUAUAUGCAGAUUGAAGAUUGUGUUGACUUUUUAUUAUAUUGUGUAAGUGAAUGAUUUUUUUUUUAAUUUUAGUUUCUGGGUUAUUAAAUGGUCAGUUUUGUUCAGAAUAAAAAUUAAAGAGUAUUAUGGCCAUUUGUAGGAUUAGACUUUUUUUAAUCAGUUUUUUUUGGGGGGGGGUCAUUUACAGAACUUAUAGCCCAAAAUUUCACUCAGAUUAUUUCCAUAAUAUCUUCCUUUUUUUGUUGAGAAAUAGACCAUCUUUGGGCAAAGAAAAUUUCCUUCCUAAAAAUUACUGAGCCCUCUAAUCAAAGUCAAAAUCAACUUCCACAAUAUGUUUAGAACAUACAUUGGAGUGAAAUAGCGUGAACCAUGAACUGAAACAUGUUGUACUUCUCUAUAAUUUUUACACUGGAACCUUUUGAAGUUUUGGAUAACUUUAACCACGGGAAUUUAGUCAGUUAAUAGUCUCAAGGAAAAAAAUCACAAUAAUAAAAAAAAAAUUAUCAGAAACCUGGAAGAAAUUGUUAGUUGUCCUUAAUCUCUUUACUGUUACAGUUGACUAUACACAAAUGGAAUCGCUGAUCAAUAUGCGAAAAUGUAAUUAAAGAU